AUGGCCAGCCCCAACACAGACGCCGAGCACACCGACUCGAGCAGCACCCACUAUGGCACCGCCAGCGGUGAGAAGCCUCGCAAGGGCUCCAUCCUAGACAGCCGAAAGGCCUCGACGGCUGCCAUGCUGCGCAACCCCCUGGCCGGCCUGACCACCGAGGAGAUCCUCGCCGACGUCGACCCCUUUGACUUUGAGCAGUGCCGUGAGGACUUUCGUCGCGGUGCCCUGCUCGCCCAGGUCAACAACACGGCCGGUGCCUUUGAGCACAUUGAUGUCAUCCGCGAGGAGGAAAAGGCCGUCCUACGCCGCGAGGAGACGCAUAGGUGGGACCAGCCCUUCGCCCUCUACUUCCUAUGCACGCUCUGCGCUGGAUCGGCCAUUGUUCAGGGCAUGGAUCAGACCGCCGUCAACGGUGCGCAGGUCUUCUACUACAAAGAGUUCGACAUUGAGAAGAGCCCCAGCUUACAGGGUCUUCUUAACGGCGCCCCCUACCUCUGCUCUGCCCUCCUUGGGUGCUGGUCCAACCCCAUCCUCAAUAAGAUUGGCGGACGUCGUUUCACCAUCUUCUUCUCCUGCUUCAUUUCUGUGGUCACCGGCUUCUGGAUGGCGGUGGCCGACUCGUACGCCAACCUGCUCGUGGCCCGCUUCGCCCUCGGUUUCGCAGUCGGUGCCAAGUCGUCAACGACGCCCGUCUACUCGGCCGAGUGCACCCCCAAGAAUAUCCGUGGCGCUCUCACCAUGAUGUGGCAAAUGUGGACAGCGUUUGGUAUUUGCCUGGGGUUUGUUGCCUCGGUGGUCUUCUCCAAUGUGACCGUUUUUGGCGAGCUCUCUCCCUGGCGCUGGAUGCUGGCUUCCACCGCCAUCCCGCCCAUGGUCGUCAUGGCGCAGGUGUAUUUCUGCCCCGAGUCUCCUCGCUGGUACAUGGAGAGGGGCCGCUUCCUCAAGGCCUACGAGUCGAUGGUACGCCUGCGUCGCCUCCCGAUCCAGGCCACCCGCGACAUGUACUACGCCUACAAACUGCUUGAGGUCGAGAAGGCCAACAAAGAUGGCCACUCGUGGACCGAGUUCUUCACCGUUCGCCGCAACCGUCGCGCCGCCCAGUCUGCUUGGUUUACCAUGUUCAUGCAGCAGUUUUGCGGUGUCAACGUUAUCGCCUACUACUCCACAACCAUGUUUAUGAACGCUGGCUUCCCCAAGGACCAGGCCUUGCUCGCAUCCAUGGGCGGGGGUUUGAUCAACUGGCUCUUUGCCAUUCCUGCCGUCUAUACCAUCGACACGUUUGGGCGACGAAACCUCCUCCUCGUCAGCUUCCCGCUCAUGUCCCUCUUCCUCUGGUUCACCGGUGGCUCCUUUAUGAUCGACGGUAUCGACAACGAAGACUCCACCACCAAGCUGGCCUGUGUGGCGACUGGCAUGUACCUCUUCAUGAUGGCCUACUCGCCUGGUGAGGGUCCCGUGCCGUUUACGUACUCGGCAGAGGCCUUCCCGCUGCACUUCCGCGACAUUGGCAUGUCCGCCUCGACGGCCAUCACCUGGGGCUUCAACUUCAUCAUCUCCUUCUCCUGGCCCAAUAUCUCGGCUGCUUUUGGUGACCACGGCGGUUUCUUCUUCUACGCCACUUGGAACAUUAUCGGGUUCGUCUUUACGUACUUUAUGCUCCCCGAGACCAAGGGCCUCACACUGGAGGAGCUCGACAACGUCUUUAGCGUUCGCAACCGCGAACACGCUGGCUACUACACAAAGAAACUGCCCUGGUACAUCAAGAAAAACCUCCUGCGCCAGUAUGUCGAGCCUUUCCCUCCCCUGUACUCGUUCGCCAGCGAGACGUCCAACGGCAAGGAGCAGCCCACCGCCCAGCAUAGCGAGGGCCUCUUCAACCCGGACGAAGAGAAGCGCGUCGGCAUGUAAAGGACGAGGCGAUCACCCAUCGCUUGUAGACUUUUAGGAUGCAUGAUUUGUGGCCGAGAGAGGCUGUUGGCAGAUAUUAUACCCUGAUGAUGAGGUGGAGGGAGACGAUACGUCUUGAUGAUGAUUGCAUGAGUCAGGAGGGACAAUGAUUGAAUCUCUUGGUAGCGAAGCAUGAUUAGGAAAAAAUGCUGUUUCUAUUUUGUUGCGACUAGCAUUACUGUACGU